AUGCCUACUUCAUGUGGAUUAUUUUAUACAGGUUUUACGGCUGCGGGCUACAGGUUCACGAGGAGACAAGGGCUCCACUCGCAGCGCACAGCCGAGAACCAUACUUGGGGAGAACUCAUGAACGCUAAUACAAUCAUCGAACAGUACCAAUACCUGUGCUUUGGGCCGAUUGGGCUAGCAGCGCUGUCUCCUGUCGGUAGUCGUCCAGACUCCAUGUUCAUGUCACAGUUUCGAAGAAUUAGGGCUGGCCGGGCAGCAACUCCAGAUAGAUUGGACGGUAGUCAAAAGCCUAAUCGUGACAGUCCCUAA